AUGACCGUGGUUAAUGUCGCUGUAGGGAACGAGCUUUUAACGGCCUCGGAAGCAAGAGCGGCUGCAGUCAGUAAUGGGCCCGCCGGGGAGUGCAUUCAGAUUUUAGCCGCAACCGCGGGAUUCUGUAAUGACGCGCGUUUCGACAAUACAGAUGACGACUCACCUGUAGAGAUUCGGAAGGUUCACGGUGAUGCUACUGAUACCGGUCUACUUCGCUUUUCAGAGAGCAUCAUGCCCAUCGAGGACAGCCAAGCAACAUGGAUAGAACGUGCGAAGCUUGCUUUCAAUUCCAAAAACAAAUUUGCCAUGAAACUACUACAAGCGGCGCUUCCCCAAGAGAAACCGAUUACCUCAAUGCCCAUCUUUUCCAAUGACAACUUCAACAUGUCAUCCGAUUAUAUUUUAUUAGUCAAAGGAGCCCCUGAGAUAGUAUUACGCCGGUGUAGCCACAUGAUGGAUUCGAAGGGAUUGAUUGUGCCAAUGGACGAGACCAUCGCAGACCGUUUAUCGGCGAUACAAGAGCAAUUCGCGUCAAACGGCCAACGUGUUCUACUCAUGGCAAAGAAGAUCAUUCAUGGUUCCAAAUUGCCGACAGACUUCUUCGUCGAAUCUGGUUCUUUCCCUAUGGAGGACCGUAUUCUUGGCCUCAACUCCGACUUGACGGUGGUCGGUUUUGGCAUCGUAGGCGCUUCGUUUACUAAAUCCAAUCUUGAAGGUGACUUCUCCUCUACCGCUGCCGCCAUCGCUCAGCAGGUGGGAAUUAUCACGACGCCAAUGAGCGAAGUGAAGCAUAUUAAAGACCUUCCAUACGACACUUCUCUAGAACGUUCAAGUCCGGAAAUGAGAAGUCUUGUCCUCAGUGGUUCUGACCUCGUCGGCAUGACCGAGUCACAAUGGAAACAAGCCCUUGCAUUUGAUGAGAUUGUUUUUGCCCGGACAACCCCCCAGCAGAAACUCCAAAUAGUGAAAAAAUUGCAGGCGGAGGGAUGUACCGUUGCAGUGACAGGCGAUGGGGUCAAUGAUUCUCCUGCCCUGAAACAAGCUGACGUUGGGGUAGCCAUCGCUGGAGGCUCCGAAGUCGCUAUGGAAGCCGCGGAUUUGAUACUACUCUCAGAUUUUUCUGCCAUAAUCACCGGAAUUCAGUAUGGACGGCUAUGUUUUGAGAACUUACACAAGUCAAUAUUGUACCUCCUGCCUGCCGGUAGUUUCUUAGAGCUCAUGCCUGUUGUUCUGAACGUACUCACCGGGAUACCGCAAGCGUUGAGCAGCUUCCAGAUGAUCAUAAUUUGUGUUUUUACGGACGUUUCUCCUGCGUUAUCCAUGGUGAACGAGAAGCCUGAAGCAGAUCUCUUGUUACGCCGGCCCCGCGAUCGUAAAAAGGACCGUUUGAUCAACUGGAGACUUCUGCUGCAUGCCUAUUUCUUUCUAGGUAUCAUAGAAGCAGUGACGUCCAUGGUCGGCGGAAUGGUGUUCCAUUCUCCGCCCUGUGGCACAAAUUUCUACAAUUUAGUCAUGAUGCAGUGGUUCAAUCUACUUCCCACACAUACCCAAAGGCUGUCGUUGUUCCAGCAGAAUCCUUUCGCUUCCAAAACGCGCAAUAUUUUCCUGUUCCCUGCUAUGGCUGCUGCACUUGUAUUUGCUUGUUUCUUCUCCUACAUCCCUUGGUUUCAACAAGUUCUUUUGACGCGUGGAGUUCACGUGGAGUUCUUCUUCUUGCCGAUUGCAUAUGGUACUGGAAUGCUUUUCCUUGACGAGGCACGCAAGUGGUGGAACAGGAAGCAUCCAACAUCGUUCCUUGCACGAAUUGCGUGGUAA